AACCAUACCCUUUUUUCUUUUUCUUCCCUCCUAAGUUCUACCGUUCUCUGUUUCGCCCUCUCCAACACCCGCGUCAAGCUUACUAUUUGAUUCUUCACCUUCCCCAUUGUGUACCAGCGAUGGUAGAUGAUGCGGCUCCAGGUUCUACCACCAAUGACUCGUACUGUGACGCCACCAUCACUCAUUCCCCGACUACUGCCCCAUUCGUAGUUUCACCAUUGCCAAAACGAGGUUGGGGCGAUGAAGAACACCAUGAUGUGGUUGCUGAUACUGGAGAUUUAUCCUCUGUGCCGUCCGAGGUCAUGGAAUCCCUUAAAAUUGAAGACGAAACAACGCUUGAAGAACCCAUAGACUCUAACAUCACAGCUGUGACAACUGGUGAUACUCCAUAUUCAUCGGCUAGUACUUUUGAGGAUUUGAAUCUGUCUAAGGAGUUGUUGAAGGGUUUGUAUGUUGAGAUGAGAUUCCAUAAGCCAAGUAAAAUUCAAGCUAUAAGUUUGCCUAUGAUCCUGACUCCUCCUUACAAACAUUUAAUUGCUCAAGCACACAAUGGUUCUGGAAAGACUACAUGUUUUGUGCUUGGGAUGUUGAGUCGUGUUGAUGUGAACUUAAAGGCUCCUCAGGCAUUUUGCAUAUGUCCUACAAGGGAGUUAGCAAUGCAAAAUAUUGAGGUUCUUAAGAAAAUGGGAAAAUACACCGGGAUAACUUCAGAGUGUGCUGUUCCCGCUGACAGUGCAAACUAUAUGCCAGUAUCAAAGCGGCCACCCACAACUGCACAAGUUGUGAUUGGAACUCCUGGCACAAUAAAGAAAUGGAUGUCAGGGAGGAAGUUGGGAGUAAGUUGCGUGAAGAUUCUUGUUUUUGAUGAGGCUGAUCAUAUGCUUGGCGAGGAUGGCUUUCAGGAUGAUUCAUUGAGAAUCAUGAGGGACAUUGAGAGAAGUAGCUCUCAUUUCCAGGUGCUUCUGUUCUCUGCUACAUUCGAUGAGAAUGUUAAAAACUUUGUCUCUAGGGUGGUUAAAGACUACAACCAACUGUUUGUGAAGAAGGAAGAACUAUCUUUGGAGAGUGUGAAGCAAUUCAAGUUGAUAUGUCCAAAUGAACAAACUAAAAUUCGAGUCAUAAAAGAUAGAAUUUUUGAACUAGCAGACAAAUUGGGUCAAACAAUUAUAUUUGUGGGCACAAGAAAGAGUGCUGGAGUGUUACACAAGGCACUAGUUGAUCUUGGUUAUGAUGUGACUACCAUCAAAGGGGCAAUGACCAAUGACAUUAGAGACAAAAUAAUAAAAGAGUUCAAGGAUGGUUUGACAAAAGUUCUUAUUUCAACUGACCUUCUAGCUCGAGGCUUUGAUCAGCAGCAAGUCAAUCUAGUUAUCAAUUAUGAUCUUCCUCUUAAACACGAUCCUUCUUCACAAGCAAUGAAAUACAGAUCUUCCUCAUCAUCAGAGCCUAACUUCGAGGUGUACCUCCAUCGAAUUGGUCGGGCAGGUCGUUUUGGGCGCAAGGGAGCUGUGUUUAACUUGCUCUGUGGCGAUCAGGAAAUCAAGCGAAUGGACAAAAUUCAGAAGCAUUUUGGCUCUGAAGUAAUAGAGGUUAGAGACACUGAUGAGGACAUUGAAGCAGCCUUAAAAUCUGCUGGAUUGAUUUGAUGUAUAGAAAAGGAGUUUACAUAGCUAAUUUCCAUUGAUGCCAACCACACACCAAAAAGGCGAUUAAAACCUUGGAACAAGAUGGAUGCAGAAAUGGAUUGAAGCAACGCUGCACAGUUUUUGUUUUGCCUUCAACUUAACAUUUGGCUUCUGAGGUAUAUAUCGUGAAGAGUCAUGCAAGUUUGCUAAAUAAUUUUUAUCGAUGAAACCUGUUGGAAAGAAUAGCCUUAUUUUUCUUUUCAAUCUUCAAAUGAAACGGAAAUCAAGGAUCAUAGAAUCGGUAAAAGCAAGCGUUUUGUAGUGUAGGUUAGCUUACGAGCAUUUGAUAUUUGCAAUUAAUUAAUAAAAGACAUCAACUUGAAAAAA